AUGGAAAACAUUUUAUUUUUUAUUUCUAAAUUUUAUUUUUUUAUUUUUCUAUUAUAUUUUUUAUUUUUUUUUAUUUAUUUUAUUUUAUUUUUACUUUUUUUAUUUUAUUUUUACUUUUUAUUUAUUUUAUUUUUAUUUUUAAUUUUAUUUUUAAAUUUAUUUAUUUUAUUUAGAACAAUUUGA